AUGGUGCAGACGCGACAGUCGGCUCAGAAAGCUACAAACGUCGUCGCCAACGGUCAUGUCAACGGAAGUGCGAAGGGUCUGGUCGAUGGAAACGACACAAAUAGCAGCAGCAACAAAAUUGAUCGUUCCAGAUGGCGAUUACUUGAUGAAUCAGGUCGCCAUACCUGGUACUACUUAAAAACAGACGAAGAGGCCGAAGAAUGGCCCCAGACAACUGCGGACAAAUAUCAUCUAGGUUUGCCAACAGAUCUUCCUGACCUCCCUCCGGCCACGAAACCCUCUGAAUCGAUAGAGAACUGCUUGAAAUUUUAUUCCAAACUACAGUUACCUCCAGGAAAUUGGGCAUGCGAGUAUGGCGGCCCUCUGUUCCUCCUCCCCGGCAUCAUUAUUUGCUGGUACGUCACGGGUACACCGAUACCGCCCGAGUAUCAAAUUGAAAUCAGAAAUUACCUUUUUGCAAGACAAAAUAAAACAGAUGGUGGAUGGGGUUUACAUGUCGAAGGGCACAGCUCCGUCUUUGGAACCGCAAUGAACUACACAAUCUUGAGAAUCCUAGGGGCUAGCGAAGAAGAUCCACGAAUGAUCCACGCAAGAGGAAAGCUACACCAACUUGGAGGAGCAGUGAAUGGUCCUCAUUGGGCCAAAUUCUGGCUGAGUGUCCUGGGAGUGAUGGAUUGGCCCAUCGUGAACCCUGUCCCCCCCGAGUUGUGGUUACUCCCAGACUGGGUGCCGAUUGCUCCCUGGAGAUGGUGGGUUCAUAUGCGACAGGUCUUCCUCCCGAUGUCUUAUAUCUGGUCAAAGAAGUUCACGAUGCCCGAAAACGCGCUCAUUCGACAGCUGCGGCAAGAAUUAUUUGUACAACCAUACGACACCAUUGAUUUCGGCUCGCACCGCAACUCGAUCGCCCCAGAAGACAACUAUAACCCCAAAUCCUGGUUGUUAAAUUUGAUCAAUGUCGUCCUCGUAUGGAUCUGGAUUCCGUUCCUUCGAACCAAAACCCUGGCCGAGCGGGCAGAGGCGUGGACCUGGCGACUAAUUCAGUACGAAGACCAAAAUACUGAUUAUGCUGACCUGGCCCCGGUCAAUGCCCCCAUGAACACCAUUUGCUGCUUCAUCAAGGAAGGGCCUGACAGUUACUCUGUCCGCCGCCAUUUGUACAGACUGGAGGAAUACCUGUGGGUGAAUAAAGAAGGCAUGCUUGCCAAUGGUACGAACGGUGUCCAGGUUUGGGACACAUCGUUCACAAUCCAAGCUUGUGUGGAAGCCGGUCUUGCUCAGUCAGCAAGUUGGAAACCCAUGCUCUUCAAAGCCCUUGAAUAUCUUGAAUCCGAACAAAUACGUGAAGAAGUCCCUGACCGUGAGAUCUGCUACCGCCAAUCCCGCAAGGGGGCCUGGCCGUUCAGCACCAAACUUCAAGGCUACACCGUAUCCGAUUGUACCAGUGAAGCUCUUCGUGUAGUGCUGCUUUUGCAAAACGCCAACAACUACAAGCCCCUGGUCGACGAAUCUCGUAUCCGUGAUGCGGUCGACGUGCUCUUGACCAUGCAGAACAAACACACUGGUGGGUUUGCCAGCUAUGAGCCACAGCGCGGGUCCGAGUACUUGGAAAUGCUCAAUGCCGCCGAGGUUUUCGGCCGUAUCAUGGUCGAAUAUGACUACCCCGAAUGCACCACCGCCGUGGUCACGGUGCUGUCACUCUUCCAGAAAUUCUAUCCAGACUACCGUGCCCAGGAAAUCAAGCAAAUAAAGGAGUCUGCGUUGCAAUACAUUCGACGGGCGCAACGCGAUGAUGGAUCCUGGUACGGCAGCUGGGGAAUCUGCUUCACUUAUGCGGCGAUGUUCGCACUGGAAUCCUUGUCUUCCGUCGGCGAGACGUAUACGAACUCUCCGCGCAUCCAGAAAGCAUGUGAUUUCUUGAUCACUCAUCAAAUGGCUGAUGGUGGGUGGGGCGAAAGUUACCGGGCCUCAGAGCUCAAGGUCUGGGUUGACCACGAACGAUCUCAAGUUGUGCAGACGUGCUGGGCUGUCAUCGCGCUGAUGUAUGCGCAGUUCCCAGAUAAAGAGCCCAUUCGGAAAGCCCUGGCUAUGGUGAUGAGCCGCCAGCAGAGCAAUGGAGAGUGGUUGCAAGAGGCGAUCGAAGGCGUCUUCAAUUGUUCGUGCAUGAUCACAUAUCCGAACUACAAGUUCUAUUUCCCGAUCAAGGCGUUAGGGAUGUACAAGGCGAGAUGGGGGGAUGAAAAGAUGAUUUGA